AUGCAGUCGAGUUUUGCAAUAUUAUGGCUCCUAGGAAACCUCUUUAGUGGAUUCGCAAGCUCUUCCUCAGUAGACCCUUAUCGUAUCCACGAAGAACUGGGCCCACUGUUGUCAGCUAAUGCUGCUAUUUACACCCCUUCGUCCCCAGAGUGGCUGAAUGUGACUGAUCAUAUCGAUCCGGGUAUCAUUCAUCCUCAAUAUGUCGCCUCCGUCGUCGCAGGAGUCGAACAGGAUGUGGAACUAGUGAUCAAGUUCGCCAAUCACCAUAACAUACCAUUUCUGGCACACAAUGGCGGGCAUGGGUCUUGGAGUGACCUAAGCAAUGUUCGUCACGGGAUCCAGAUUUACAUACGAGCAUUGAACACUAUCGCGAUCCAUGAGGACAACACUGCUACCAUCGGGGGUGGCGCAUCAGUCCAUGAGGUACUGAACGGUCUUGCCGCAGAGGGCAAACGAAGUGGUUGGUCGAGAAAUUGCAAUGCAAUAUGUAACAUGCUCACUUUCCUAGUACAUGGCAUAUGUCCAUGUGUCUCACUCCUCGGGCCAGCACUUGGUGGCGGUCACGGCAUUCUGCAAGGUCGAUAUGGAUUAGCGUGCGACCAGAUCGUAUCUGCAAAUAUCGUGCUCGCGAACGGUACAGCUGUUGUUGCAAGCAAAGAUUCUCACCGAGAACUAUACUGGGCAAUGAGGGGUGCAGGACACAACUUUGGGAUCGUCACAUCUGUGCGAUACCGGGUAUAUGACAUCCCGCGCGAUGCUCAAUGGCAGCAUACCCUGAUUUACUUCAACAAAGACAAGCUUGAGGAGGCCUUGACAGUAUCUAACAAACUCACUGAUGCGCCUGGAAAUCAUCCCCCAGAGCUGAUGGUGGAAUGGGGUAACAUCGCACACGUGCCUUCACUCGACGCUGUAAACGUGCGAGGCUAUCCUUCUUGCUGUCUGUACUUGACUGCUAAUAAGAUUCGUAGCCUGUUUUUCGACUGGACAUCAUCUAUGAAGAGAUAUGAGUCAAUCGGUCCUUUGAGUAUUCAGAAGGUCACGGAAACGGAUUACACGAAAGUUCCAGGCCUCGUCGGAUUCACACUCGAAGGAUAUUCUUGUAUGCGGCGCUCGGACUCUAUCAUGGCGAGCGUCAGCCUACAUAACUAUAACGUUACGACGAUGAAGAAAGCAUACGAUAUCUUCGCCAAUCUCACCAGCAUGCCAGAAUUCAGUGGAGCUUAUGGAUUGCUUGAGUCCUACGCGACUGAAGGUGUCAAAGCAGUUGCAGCAGAUAGCACGGCUGUAUCUGGAGAAGAGCGACGUGCGAAUAUUCUAUUGGGUUUUGAACUCAUCCAUAAUACUUCUCGGUCCAACUUUGAGAGAGCCAAUGCUACAGCAGCUGAGCUCACGGCGGUCUUCAAAUCCGGACAAGAUACGGAAAAGUAUGGCCCGGUGGGAACAUAUCCGAACUAUGCGCGAGGAGCGGAGAGUCCACAAGAAUUGUAUGGAUUCGAGCCAUGGCGAUUGAGAAGAUUGAGAGCUUUGAAGGCAGCCUAUGAUCCUUUCAAUCGUUUUGGAUUUUAUGCGUCUGUGCUGGAACCCCUGCAGCUUAUCGAGAAAUUCGAGGAUUGCGCAUGCUCGCGCGAGCGGACAUUCAUCGCAGACGUAUACGAAGCUGGCUAG